CACCGAGAAAAUGUGUAAUAAAUAAAUAACACACGUCAAUGUUUUUGGCAGGACUGCAAAUGUUCUAAGUCUCGUCGUUAUUAAGGCCACCCCGAGUACUGGGAGCGAGUGUGUUUCUUCUACGAAGAGAUAUUGCACAACUACUGCAAAAUUUCAUUACAUUUCGUAUCAUUCGAUUUGGACUCCGGAAUAAAAAGGAAACAUCCACGGAAUACCUUCGACAGACACCAACAACACCGACAUAUUGACGGAGGAGGACGGUUUUUGUCACACACUAAUUAUCAAGCAGAUCAUAAUUUUCGCGUUCAGUGAUUUUCGCAUGAAUAGUUAGCUACUCUUUUGAACGAACGAACGCUUUCACAGGGAUGGAAUAUUUUUUUGAGGCCCACUUUGUCUCUGUCUGGACAAUGGCAUUGGUGAAAUGUCAAUUCGUCAAAAGAGAUGGAGUCACGCCAACAACGACAGAGAGACUGAAAAUCUUUAAUAUAAAGUUAUUUUUCCUUUCUGAUAUCGUUAUUUGAUUAUGAAGCUUUCCUGCUAUAAUUUAUUUAUCCAUUACUUACAAUUGCCUGUUUUCAUUAUGAAAAGAUAAUUUGCUCAUUUGCUUGUAACAUAUGUUUCACACACCGUCAAAACAGCCCAACAAGGGCUUACACGCACCGUACUUGGCAUAUAUAUACAUGUAUCCUGCACCUUUAAAUGGUAGUCGCAAUUUUGGCAUGAAAAUUCACAUUCAUAACACUGCAAAUCUCUAGGGUAAGUUAUAUUUUUUUACCAAGAAUAUCCUGCGUAAAUGGCUAGCUACUUUUUUUUACCUCCGACUUUAUUUCAGUUUAAUACCAGAAUACAUGUUCUAAUGUAUUUGCUUCAACAUACUGGUCAGCCUAUUAACUGACAUUCAUAAAUACAACACAAAACGAAUUAUUGUUUUUUUUGGUUCGCCAAUCUCAGCCUAUUUUGUGUUGAAAAUUGUUGAGUAUAGAUCGAAUUAACCGAUUUGCUAGUCAUUCAAAGUUCAGAUAUGUACAAAUUGAAUAAAGUACCACAACUAUUCAUUGGCGGUACUAUUUAAAAAUAUAUCUUUCGAAAGUAUCUUUAAAUAUUUUAAAUUUUAUAUGUCACGAUUUUAAGGUACACUUAAUGAUACCUGUUCCCUGGAUACGGACUGCAACGAUGCUGUCACAAAUAGUAACUGCACGACUUCAACAUGCAUCUGCAACAGCGGUUACUACGGCAACCACGGUGGUAACCAAUGCGUGAAGAGGAAAGUUGGUGACGUGUGCGAUGUUUCAACGGACUGCAAUGACGUCGUAGUGAAUAGCACGUGCUCGAACGGAACGUGUGGAUGCAUUGUUGGAUACAAGCCAAGUUUUGAUUUGGCCGCCUGUGUAUUGAGAAUGCUUGGUGAUAACUGUACGUCGAGCCUCGACUGCUUCCACGCCGUCUCAGAUAGUUUCUGCAGUGGCGAUGUCUGCACCUGUCUCCUCGGGUACGCAGCCUCGAACAGUGGGAUCCAAUGCACCAAACGUAAAAUAACGGACACUUGCACCCAAGAUGGCGACUGCUUCAAUGCGGUCGAGAACUCGAAAUGCGACAAUGGUACCUGCGCGUGCGCUUUGGCACACGAAAAAGCUGGCAAUGAGACACUGUGCAUUCAGAAUGUUCUGCCAGUUCCCUGCGAUCCAAAGACGUCACAGCCAUGUGGUAACAGUUCCGCAGAAAUCUGCGCGGGCGAUGUGGGCAACACCUAUUGCCAAUGUAGACCAGGCUAUGCCAGAUUGUUCCCCACUGACCAAUGUAAAAAGGCAAAACGAUUCUCCGUCGAGGUGUCCCUCACGCACUUGUCUGAUGAACCAAUGGUCUUCUCACCAGAGCUACUCGACCAAGUGUCCCAGAACUUCACAAAAUUAAAAUCACAGGGAGAAUAUCCAGGGUUCGAUGAUGCCUUCCUUCGCACUAUGCCCAUCGGCAUCUACCUAGGAGCAAACGUCACCAACUUCUUUCAAACAAGCAAUGGUGUGGGCAUGAGAGGAACUAUUGCAUUCGACGACAGCGCAACAUAUACCGCAGGACAGAUACGGGCGUUCCUAUUGGAUAGUUUGAAUAUGACGUCAGAAAUCCUCGGAGUGAGCGGAUUAGCUGUUGAGGUGCCGAUAGAGGGAGCCGUGCGAGUCGGAGACAUCAACGAAUGCUCUGACCAAUCCCAACACGACUGUUCAGCCUUUGCAAUAUGUAUCAACACUGAAGGAAGUUUCACGUGCGAAUGCGAGACCGGAUAUGACGACAUAAACUCCCAAUUUCCUGGGAGGUACUGUAAUGAAAUUAAGACGGAAACGACAAUUGACAGAUGCGACUUCUGGCAUGCUGGAUCCAACUGCGAGGUCGAUCUUCGAAUUGUUGUAGGAGUAAUGUCAGCUGUGGCAUUAGUAGGAAUAGGACUGAUUGCUGGCCACUUCAUCAAGAUAAAAAUAUUGACGCCAAAGCGUGCAGUGACCCCCACACCCGACCGAUACAGUCGUCAACUGAGCUCUGCAGAAAAGGGACGACCUGAAAGUGUUUUGACCACAAGCAGUGAAAAAGAACGGGCCUCAGAUGGUCUUGUGGUAAAGGACAACAUAUUCGGUGAGCCUCCUCAAGAACAAGUUGAAAAUGUUGAAAAUGAAAAAUUUGCAGAUGACAAUCCAUGCACAGAAGAAGAUCUACAAUAG